CACACCCGCCCUCUCUCUCACACACACGUCGCGCCCAGCAUGGACGAGCGUCCCGUCGUCGUCGACAAUGGCACUGGUUUCGUCAAGGUCGGCUACGCCGGCUCCAACUUUCCCGAGCACGUCUUCCCCUCCAUCGUCGGCCGUCCCAUCCUGCGCGUCGAGGAGCGCGACGCCGCCGUCGCAGAGAUCAAGGACAUCAUGGUCGGCGACGAGGCGGCGGCGCUGCGCAACUACCUCCAGAUCACCCAGCCCAUGGAGCAUGGCAUUGUCAAGGACUUUGACGACAUGCGGCACGUGUGGAACUACACCUUUGACGAGAAGCUCAAGCUCGAUCCGCGCGGGCGCAAGAUCCUCCUCACCGAGCCGCCGAUGAAUCCCAAGCGCAACCGCGAGCAGAUGUGCCAGAUCAUGUUUGAGGAGUAUGGCUUCGAGGGCGUCUACGUGGCCAUCCAGGCCGUCCUGACGCUGUAUGCUCAAGGUCUGCAAACCGGCGUCGUAGUCGACAGCGGCGACGGCGUGACGCACGUGGUGCCCGUGUAUGAAGGCUUUGCGCUGCCGCACCUCACGCGUCGGCUCGACGUGGCGGGGCGCGACGUGACGCGCUACCUCAUCAAGCUGCUCUUGCUGCGAGGCUAUGCCUUCAACCGCACCGCAGACUUUGAGACGGUGCGGCAGAUCAAGGAGAAGCUGUGCUUCAUGAGCUAUGAUCUCGACUUGGACAAGAAGCUGGCAGAGGAGACUACGACGCUCGUCGAGAGCUACACUCUGCCCGACGGCCGCGUCAUCAAGGUAGGCUCGGAGCGCUUCGAGGCGCCAGAGUGCAUGUUCCAGCCGCACCUGGUGGAUGUGGAGCAGCCGGGCGUCGCCGAGCUGCUCUUCAACACCAUCCAGGCCGCCGCCGUCGACACGCGUGCCGAGCUCUACCGCCACAUUGUCCUCUCGGGCGGCAGCAGCAUGUAUCCCGGCCUGCCGAGUCGGCUGGAGAAGGAGAUGAAGCAGCUGUACUUGACGCGCGUGCUCAAUGGCGAUGGCGAGCGUCUCAAGUCGUUCAAGAUCCGAAUCGAAGAUCCGCCGCGCCGCAAGCACAUGGUCUUCCUCGGCGGCGCCGUGCUGGCCGACAUUAUGAAGGCGCGCGACGAGUUCUGGGUCAGCCGCGCCGAGUGGUACGAGCAGGGCCCGGCGGCGCUCGACCGUCUGGGCCGGUAUGCAUGAGCGGCGCGGCGCGAGCGGCGGGAAG